UCCAAGAGGGGAGCAAGGGCGGCUACGGUUCAUACAAUGCCGAAUAAAACCAAAAAAGACAAGGAGUCCUCAAAGUCUGGUAAAGUGGGAAAGAGUGGAGGACAAGAGAACUCAGAUCAUGAGCAGAGCUCUAACAGGAAGGCCAGCAAUAAUGUUCCUCCCACCACUCAGCUGCUAAAGGGGAAGCAACCAGGGUCCCAGACACCUGUCAAAAAGGACAAGAGGCAGAGCUCCUCUCGUUUCAGCUUGAGCAACAACAGGGAGCUGCAGAAACUGCCUGCUUUCAAAGAUGUUCCCCCUGCAGACCAGGAGAAGCUGUUCAUCCAGAAGUUGCGGCAGUGCUGCGUCCUCUUCGACUUCGUCUCCGACCCGCUGAGUGACCUGAAAUGGAAGGAGGUGAAACGGGCGGCGAUAAGCGAGAUGGUGGAGUACAUCACCCACAACAGGAACGUCAUCACCGAACCCAUCUACCCGGAGGUGGUUCACAUGUUUGCUGUGAAUAUGUUCAGGACGUUGCCUCCGUCAUCCAACCCCACGGGGGCCGAGUUUGACCCGGAGGAAGACGAGCCGACGCUAGAGGCUGCAUGGCCACAUCUACAGCUCGUCUAUGAAUUCUUCCUCCGGUUCUUAGAGUCACCUGACUUUCAACCAAACAUAGCCAAAAAGUAUAUUGACCAGAAGUAUGUAAUGCAGCUCUUAGACCUGUUUGACAGUGAAGACCCCAGAGAGAGAGAUUUUUUAAAGACCACUCUUCAUCGCAUCUAUGGCAAGUUCCUGGGCCUGCGAGCGUACAUUAGGAAACACAUUAAUAACAUAUUUUAUAGGUUCAUUUAUGAGACUGAACAUCAUAAUGGAAUAGCAGAAUUACUGGAAAUAUUAGGCAGCAUAAUCAACGGGUUUGCAUUACCGUUGAAAGAAGAGCACAAGAUAUUCCUGCUGAAAGUUCUGCUGCCUUUGCACAAAGUCAAGUCUCUUAGUGUAUAUCACCCACAGCUGGCUUACUGUGUGGUCCAGUUCUUAGAGAAGGAUAGCACCCUCACAGAACCGACGGUCAUGGCUUUGUUAAAGUACUGGCCAAAGACCCACAGUCCAAAAGAGGUGAUGUUCCUCAAUGAACUGGAGGAGAUCCUGGACGUCAUUGAGCCUUCAGAGUUUGUCAAAGUCAUGGAGCCUCUCUUCAGACAGCUGGCCAAGUGUGUGUCCAGCCCGCACUUUCAGGUGGCAGAACGAGCUCUGUACUACUGGAACAACGAGUACAUCAUGAGCCUAAUCAGCGACAACGCCGCCAAGAUCCUGCCCAUCAUGUUCCCAUCCCUCUACCGCAACUCCAAGACCCACUGGAACAAGACGAUCCACGGGUUGAUCUACAAUGCUCUGAAACUCUUCAUGGAGAUGAACCAGAAGCUGUUUGAUGACUGCACCCAGCAGUUCAGGGCAGAGAAAAGCAAAGAGAAAGCCAAAUGGAAAGAGAGAGAAGAAGCGUGGCUGAAGAUUGAGAAUCUUGCAAAGUCAAACCCACAGUUUCUGAUAUACGUCGACUCGAUAGCAUCAGGUUGUCCGAUGGACAUGGAGACAGACGGGCCGCUGCUCGACGACGUCAACAUGCUAAAGAAAGCAGUAGAGGAGGAAGCCACACAGAUCCUAAAAGAUCAGCGUAGAGAGCGCCCCCUGAUGAGGAGGAAAUCCGAGCUCCCCAGGGACAUCUGCACUGUCACAGCCUUGGAGUUGCACCUGAGAGCCGAGGAAAUAUUGACGACGCAUGACGGCCACUAAGAGACCCCCCCCAGAUCCACCA